AUGGGUAAACGGAUUUUACGCCCGGAAAGCAUUUCCGCGGUCACUCGAAGGAAGCACGAGGGCUGGGAUACUGCUGGGUCGCCCAAGUCUAGACAAGGGAAGUCGAGAGGCAGAGGUCGGGUUCGAACCACGGACCUUCCAGUCAGUAAAUUAAUGCUCCAACGACUUGAGUCAUCAUGA